UGUGAUCGGUUCCUUUUUUUUUGUAAGUGUGGACUUGUUUUUGUUGGCUGGCCAUACUGUCAUGAACAGAAGCCCCAGAUGUGUCCCAGUGGUAUUGGUUGGCCGUUCACAGACUAAACACUGUCCUGUGUCAUCGUGCCUGUGGUAAGAGUCAGGAGGAGGAAGUAGGCGUGCGAGAUUAUUAUUUACACCCUCGAUGCCUUAUAUUUCAAACACACACACUACUGAGUUUGGCAGGAACGGCAUUCUCACCAGAAUAACUUCAGCAGCUGCUGUUUGGAAGUUUUCACACUCAUUUUGUCUUUCAUAAGAGAGUUGUGUGUGAUUGAUAGUGUCACCAUGGUUCUAACUGCCACGUUUCAAGCCGCCUUCACGCCUCGGCGGAUAGAGUCGGUGGUGGUGCUGGAGCAGCUGGGCAGCAGUCUCUUCGACACUGCCCUGCAGAUGGUGGUGAAGGACCGGAGUGACAACGCCACCUACACCGAUUUAUCGCAGAAAGACAGCCAGCAGAAGUUCAUGACAGACUUCUUCAUGAUUUACUACCUCAUCAUCGGGCUGACUCCCAUCUUACCUGCGGUGAUCCUGGCCAGGUUAGGGGACCGCGGCUGGAGGAGAGCCCCCAUCAUGGUGCCUCUGAGCGGGUACCUGCUGUCCAGGCUCGCCCUGCUGCUGGUGGUCCUCUUCGAGCUCCCGCUGGAGGUGAUGUACGGAGCGGGGGUGGUCUUCGGGCUGUCCGGCGGCUUCUGUGCAUACUGGCCCGGCGUGAUGACGCUGGCGUCGCUCGGCUCAACGGCCGAAGACCGAUCCAAGGUGUUGAUGAGGAUGGAGCUGCUGUAUGGGGCGGCAGGCCUGGUGGGCAGCCUGGUGUCGGGUCAUCUCUUCCUGCUUUACAGCUCCAGUACCCAACACGGGUCAAUCCUGCUAUCUGUGAGCACUCUGCUGCACCUGCUCUGCCUCUUACACUCCAUCAUCCUGCUGCAGGUGAGGCAAUUACCGAACCCAGAGUCAGAGGACGCCUGCCAACUCCUGCCUCAGACCUCCGCUCAAGUCCCUGUGGAGGCUCCUGUUGAGAGGAACAUGGUGAACGUGGCUCUGCUGUUUGUUGCUGCCGUACUGUACGUCUCUGCAGUGGGUGGGGGUGUAGAAAUACUGGGCCCCUUUGUUCUGAAAGAGCCACUCAGCUGGACCGCCACUCAGGUGGGUUAUGGGAACGCGGCAGGCUGCACAAUUUUCCUGACCAGCUUUGUCGGCGUCAUGGUGUUCCGCCGCUGCGUCAGCGACACAACGCUCAUCCUGAUCGGCAUGCUGUCGUUCGCCUCGGGAAUUUACUUCAUGUCCUUCGUCACGGCAACCUACAUGUUCUACCUGGCUCGCUCACUCAACUUGUUUGCCCUCAUCCCGAUGCCAACCAUCAGAUCUCUGCUGUCACAGCAGGUUUCAGCAUCCUCCUGUGGCACCACUCUCACCUCCCUGCAGCUGGCUCUGAAGUUUGCCAGCCUGGCGUACAUCCCUGCCUUUACUAAGAUCUACCAGCGAACCCUGAACUGGUUCCCAGGCUUCGUCUUCACGCUGUCCAGCAUCAUCACAGUGCUGGCGAUGAUACCCGUAUGUGUCAUCCGCUGCAGAUCUCCGAAAAGCCAACAGUACGUAACGAUUCAAGGGGACUGAGGUCCACCGCCAUCCCCUUCAGCCGUGAGUUGGCAUUGGUACAAGGAGGGCAGCGACAGGACAAAAAAGCAGAAUUGUGCCUUUAAUCUCACUUCCUACUAUGUUGAAACCUCCGACAUGUGGUAGAGGAGUUCCUACAGGCGGCACACACAGUAGCAUUUAUAUUUAAAUGCUAGAUUUGUACCAAAAAAAUAUAUCUGUUAUAUUGUCAUGACCUGUGCAGACUUUUAUAUGAACCAAUAGUUUAUUGAAUCCGUUUUUUAUUGAAUAUCUGUUACAUUUGUAUACAUAUAAGUCAUGUCCACAGCAACACCAUCAAUGGGAUUUCACCAUCAUGUCAAUAUGUCACUGAAUGUGUCCAACAGUCCCAUUGCAACCCCCGUCUAAAGGAGUAUGACUGACACGUAUAAGGAAAUGUCUUCUUGUAAACCGGCUGAACUGGAUAAAACUCAGCAGUAAAUAGAAAACUUAUUUCAUACCAUCGUGACUAACAGUUCAUUUGGAGGCAAUAGAUUUUGCUCCAACAGCUUUACAGAUAUUGCAAUAUGUUUGUACCAUUAAGGAUUAUACAUUGUUCAAUCAGGAGACACUUCAUCCUGCUUGAACUUGAAGAUUUAUGAACUGGAUGGUUUACAGAUAGACAACAAUAGAAAUGCAUUUUCAAAAGAGAAUAAUUGAAAAAUAUUUCCUACUCCUGUGAUGUUCUGUAUGUCUUUUGUUUCAAUCUGCCUAUGUAUUAACAUGCUCACUCAUGAGGGAGGGUUAUGCAUUGUAUCAUAUCCUUUUAGUUCUAAAGAAGUGUUCAUUUUUUUUUUUUUUGAAUGCAAAGUUAAAGAACAAAAAGCCUGGUUUUUAAUAACUACGCAAGUUACACUGUGUGUGUGUGUGUGUGUGUGUGUGUGUGUGUGUGUGUGUGUGUGUGUGUGUGUACCAUGUGUGUGUCCUGUAACUUUGCUUUAUUGUACUUGUAUUGGAUUGAAGGGAAGAACCUGCAGCCUGCAUUAUUGUUCUGAUGUUCUGCGUUAAUUUACGAUUGCACUUAUAUUCGUUAACAGUUAAGAGAGCACCCACACUCAAAGGCUUCUGUCAAUAACUUAAAAUACGUUGAUACGGUACGGUUCAUGUUGGUGUUAAAACAGAGGGUUUAAGUGAUGACCUUUGAAGCUGCAACUCUGGUACAGAAUUUAGUUUUUGAUAACAAUGUCAAAGGUAGUUUUUUUUAUAUGAUUUGUUGAUAUGAAACUAAUAAAUGAAAGUAAACCUGAGCAGUCAAGUAUCAAA